UAACAAUUUUAAUGGUAAAAUAAAAUAUAGAAAGAGAAAAAAUUGAAACAGCCCCGCCCAAAAGUUUUUGCAUAAUUUUGUUUCCCAUUAUCCGACGAGUUAUACCGAUUCCCGGCGAAUUAAACGCCGGAACUUGACAGCAUGCCGCCGGAAGAAUCAGUCUUGAAUUCACUUCUCGACAAGCCGCUUCAGCAACUCACUGAAGAUGACAUUUCUCAGCUCACUCGCGAAGAUUGCCGCCGUUACCUCAAACUUAAAGGGAUGAGAAGGCCGUCAUGGAAUAAAUCACAGGCGAUUCAGCAAGUGAUAUCACUAAAGGCUCUCCUUGAAACGGCGUCAGAUUCCGACGCCGGCUUUCGGAAGAAACUUUACAUUCCUCGCUCCGACACUAGUGUACACCGUGUCCAGAGAGGCAAAAAUACUGAUGAAGAAUUUAUUGAACUGGCUGAAGAGACAGUGCCUGAUGGAAGAAAACAACAGGAAGAAACUGAUCUUUCCGGCGAUGCAACUCCCACUCUGGUUGCUGCUAUUGAGAAGUCAGCUCCUUCAAGAAUAUUAGAUUCAGUAGAUACACCAGUAGAACAAAUGACAAUCUUCUACAGUGGCAAGGUGAAUGUUUAUGAUGAUGUGCCUGCUGACAAGGCACAAAUAAUCAUGCGUCUUGCUUCAAGCCCCCUUUGUGUGCCUUCAGAAACUUCAUCAAAUGCUACUGCAGCAGCUCGGCAUUCAACAUGCUGCUUAGGGGCUGCAAAUACUAAACUACGCCCAGAUCCUGAUAUGGCACUUCUGCCGACUAUUCAAACAGAAGCAGUAGAGAGCCCCUCAAGCAGGAAAGCAUCAGUACAAAGAUAUCUUGAGAAGCGAAAAGACAGGUUCAAGUGCAAGAGAAAGGUAGAAAUAACUUCAUCAGCUAGCUUGGACAUCUAUUUAAACGGUCGAAUGGGAUCUCUUACCCCAAGUGAACACUCAAGUAGGACUGAUCUUUGCUUUGCGCCCCACAUUAGACUAUCUACAGCACCCACACCAAGCGGUCCCCUAGAAGAAAAUAUUCAGAUGAAUGCCCCUUUUUCUAGUGGUCCCAAUGACAGAUGUUAAAGAAUGAAUGUUGGAUAAGGUCAGGGACGCACACCAGAUUUCUAUUUUGUGUUCAUCUGUAAUUUUGUGGAGGACAAGCAUGUUCUAGUGUCUAGAUAGUUGAAUGAAGUGGAUGCUGGUAGCCUUUUUUUCUUCAAAAAUUGACAAUAUAUGUAAAAAAUGCCAUCUCAAUUUAGAUUGUUGUCUGUACUCAUGUAAAUGAAGAGAAAACUAGUGAGAAAUAGUUAUCCACCAUGCAGUGUUUUUGCUUUCAAAAUCUUGUAAGAGCUAGUCUGCAUCUUCAAUAUUGAUGAUAGGCAGUAUCAUUUCUUUGUUGCUGGAAUCCCUUCUAAAUGAUCUUGCUAAUUUUGGAUUAUAUGUCCAAUUUUAUUG